GCGAGAUCGGCUUCAGUCAGUGCUAGGCCCGUUCGAAUAGCCCUUGCGCAGCCUUUCAUGGGGAGAUAUUCCCAAUGCAAGGCUAUAAUGGGUGUUCGAACGACGUUUGCACUGACUGAAUCCGGUUUCGUCAUAUGCAUAACUGUGCUGAUCAUCCAGCAAAAUCAAAACCAUAGUCACAGAAACUGACUGAGCAACGAUGAGCGCAGGUGGUGCAUUUGGCGGGAACAGGGGAUUGAGACCUGUACCCCCAGAAAAGGGUGUGUUCCCUCUGGAUCACAUGCACGAAUGUGACUUGGAGAAGAAAGAAUAUGUAAAUUGUCUCAAAUCUGCUGGCUAUCAAUCCGAAAGAUGUAGAGGCUUUUCAAAGAAGUACCUGGAAUGUCGUAUGCAGAGGAACUUGAUGGCAAAGCAAGACUUGUCAGAGCUUGGAUUUGGCAAGGAAUUUGACGUGGAAGCUUCUGAACAGAGUAAUGAUAAGGCUGAUUUGGGAGAUAAGACCAUUGCUAGUUGAAGGAACAAAAAAAAAACACUCAAACGUACAGAGCUACAAUGAAGCAGUGUAAGGUUUAUUUAUAUAGUUAUAUUAGAAUGAAUGAAGAUAAACCAUGAAAGCUAAUAUGUAGUGAACAUUUGUAUAUUUAUACUGUCUUUCAAUAAAUCGAGCAAGUUUACUAGA